CGUUUUCAUUCCUGCCCAUGUCCUCAGAUAAAGUCAAGGUCCUCAUCGUCUGCUUAGGCAAUAUAUGUCGCUCCCCGAUGGGUGAAGCGGUCAUGAGGGACGUUGCUAAACAGCGCGGACACGAUAUCGUUUUGGACAGCGCUGGGACGGGAGCCUACCAUGAAGGUGAGGAUCCGGAUGACAGAGCAGUGGCAACGUGUAGAAAACACAAAGUAUCGAUAUCGCACGCGGCACGGAGAGUGAGAUCCUCGGACUACACAGAAUUUACCCAUAUUCUCGCUGCUGAUGAGAGCAACUUGCACUCGCUGAGGCGAAAUGCACCGCGUCAUGCGACGGCUACCAUACAGCUUUGGGGCUCCUACCUUGAAAGCAACUUGCCAAUCUCGGACCCUUACUAUGGUGGAAUUAAUGGCUUUGAGAAAGUUUAUCAACAAUGCGUUGCUUUGUCCAACGCUUUUCUGGACGAUGUAUUUGGGCCUUAACUGUAGACAAUAUAUUAGAUAUUCAACGCUAUGGGUACGUCGUGUAUGGGAUAUUGCGGUGUCACUUCAUGCACACUGGUCGGCGCAAGACCACUAUCUCUCUUGUC